AUGCUGUGCAUGCAGGGAGAGCAUCUGGUGGCCACUUGGAGGGCUGCACGCAUAGAGGAUGAGGAGGGUGUUGAGUUGGAGGAGCUGGAGGAGGGGAGAGUGGGGAGGAAGGAGACUAAAUCAAAUGGUGCUGCCACUGCUGGCAAGAAGACUUUUGAGCCAUCCUGCAAAGAGAAGUACAGCAAGCUCUCUGCUGCUGGUUUGCACAUGUGGGAUGUCUUCUGCACCCACAUUCAAGGCAUGAAGGAUGGCUUCCUUGAUGCUGAUGCUAAGGCAUGUGCAGAGGAUCUGGCUGUUGUUUUGAAAAACAAGUGGAAGAUACUGGCGGGCUUCAUCUUCUCUAUCAUCUGGCUGGCUCAUGGUGUGAGCCCAGUCAAAGUGUUCACCACUUUGAUCAAUUCUUUCAAGCCAAAGGGGGAGUAA